GACAUUUAACAAAAGCAAAAGAGUAAAGCGGCUUGUCUAAAAUUUGUGAAUAGUUUUGGUGUUUUGUUCAAUUUAUUGCGAUAGUUUUCAAGAAUCAAAGAAUAAUAAAAUACGUUCACAUACUUUUUCAAUUUAUACAAAACAUAAAUACAACUGAUCGUAAAAGUGUGCUAUAUACUAAAAAAAAACUUCUGCGGAUAGCGUGAAUUAAGCCGCAGUUGCCAAAAUGGAGAACCUUAAGUCAAAUUUUGAUAAAAUAAUGGAAAAAUUCAAUGAUAGUAUAACCCAUUCAGCGCCAAAAAAACUUAGUUUCGAAUAUCUAACUGAUUCCUUUAAUGAUUCUGGUACUUUACCCAAGAAACGACGCCACGAAAACUCCAAUAUCAGUUGUGACGAUAGCAAUGCCUCUGUAAGCAGCAUUCCACCAAGCCCUUGGGAAACACGUAGAAUUAAAGCUGAUCUAAUUGAAGCCAAGUCGCGAAUUUCUAAGUUAAAGACAGAAAUUGAGCGGCAACACAAACUGAGGGCCGAAGUAGAAACGCUUUAUGAGAGUAAAGUAACAGAGUUGAAGAAACAGUGUGACUUCUCUGCUAAUAAAGUUCAGGACGUCGAGAAGCACUUGCAAGUUGUGCGCAAACGUGAACAAGGCGCCAAACAAGAGCUUUUGCGAACUCAGCGAGAACUAACACAGCUAAAACAUCGAUAUGAGGAAGAAUUGCAUAAACUUCAACGAGAUAAAUUAGAAAUUGAAGAUCACUCACGGCAAAUGCAAAAUAGCAUGGAGAAUGAAUUAAGCGAAUACCGCCGACAUACAGAUAAACUAGAAAUGGAGUUGCAAUUAUUAACCGAUGAAAUGACGAAUUUAAAAAGCGUACUCAACGAGUACAAACAACAUUCAUCGUCUUACGAAACACUCAAAAUCGAACAUGAAAAAGAACAGCAAGAAUUGGAAGUGGCCAACUCACGUAUUAAAGAACUGGAGUACCAAAUAGCGUCUUAUGAAGAUUGGAAAGAAAUAACAAAGAAAUCACAAACCCGUUUACUGAGCAUACCAGACAUGGAUAAAGAACUGGAACGUUUACGCACAAAUAACAAAAAUCUACAGGAAUUGCUUGGUAACAAACUGUUAUUAGAGGAGCAAGUGCAUGAUUUAAAGAGUCGUUUAGCACGUGAGGAGGGUGGCCGCAAUGAAGCCGUGGCUCUCCAAGUAAAACUCUCACAUAUGGAACAAGAACUCAAAGACUGGAUCAAAGUUGCACAGGACCAUUGUCUGCCUAACAUGUUGGUCAGCCCGAUGGCUCUGCGAUCACGAAUUGAGCAGUUACUACAAAACGACAUAAUAAUGAUAAGCGAAAAACGAAACACGCAAUCUGAAACCAAGUCCAUUAAAUCUGAUUUGUUGGAUUAUAAACAGAAAUGUGAAAUAUAUGUUAAGAACAUAGAAGAACUCAACGUGGCGCUGAAAAGGCAUAAAAAUUUCAAGGAACGCAUACAGCGCAAACUGUUUUUGGUUUCUAAAGAACGUGAUUGUUACAAACAACUGCUGGAAAAUUUCGAAAAGGAUCUCACAUUCUCCAACGCCAAUCAUGCAGUAGAUAGUGGUAAUGGUGAUGUACAAUUGCGCUCAAGAUUAGAUAUGCUAGAAAAGACUUUGGUAGGCUACAAAGACAUGUGCAGUAAUUUGGAAAAAGAGUUGACCAACGCAAAACAACUACCCGUUGCCGAUCAGUCUAUUGAAAAUGUCAUCAGCACUGAAACCUAUGAACAUAUAAAGAAAGAAUUGGAUACGAUGAGAUUAGAAAAUGAGCGUUUGCGACGCCGUAAAGAGGAAUUGGAAUUAGAACUGGAACAUCGUUGCUUGAAAGGUGACUUCAAUGUAGGCAAAUUCAAAGUGGUGCACUUGGCACAAAACCCCGCUGCCGAGGCAUACGAAAACUCCAAUAAUUUAAUUGAAAAGUUACAGGCAGAGAUCGAACGCUUAAAGCGGCGUAAUAAAAAAUUAGAGGAAGACAAUGAAGUCACACAGGCGCGUAUGAAUGAGACAACAAACAUGACCAUUAAUAUCAAAGAAAUGAAUCAAUUGCGCGCCGAACUUGAAGCUACCAAUUCUAAAAUGAAGAAGAUGAAGGAGUGCUACAAGUCUGCAAGUAUGGAAUUUCGGGAAGUCUGUUAUUUACUCUUUGGCUAUCGAGUUGACAGAUUAGGACUAAACACAAACUACAAGCUAUCGAGUAUGUAUGCAGAAAGCCCUGAUGAUUAUCUCAACUUCCGCUUGAAUGAAUCGAAUAAUGCUUUAGACAUGCUCGAGACUCCCUAUUCAAUUACCCUAAAACCAUUCAUAGAGAGCCAAUUAGUGGGAAAUAAAUCCUUACCGGCAUUUUUGAGUGCUUUAACGCUCGAACUAUUCCAACGAUCCACCAUAACCAUGUCGUAAUGCGCUUGCCAUUGAACUGCCAUCAAAACAAUGUUAUCAACUCGCGCAACAUUUCACACGGAGGAGCCCAAGUUACAAGGCGUCAAACAUCAAUAAUCCAAUAUAAUUUACAUACAUACGUACAGACAUUUAUAUAUAUAAUUAUUUUUCGGCAAUUUAUUUUUGCUAUGUAAUGCAUCUUACGUGUAUUUAAUAAUAAUUUGUUUGGCUAAAGCAAAGCUAGAUGCUUGUGUGCAAACGUGAUAUUUGGUUCUCAAAACGAA